GUGAGGCUCUUAUUCUUCCAUCUAAAUCUCACUCCUCAUUCGUCCACGUGGCACCCCUCUCCUUCCCCAUUUUGCCCUUCAACCCCCCCAACUUGCUUCUGGAAUUAUUAUUCACCCCCGCAUGAAUUUAUCCUUAUUAUGGUACAAUCUUCUUUAUUGAGUUUAAGGAAUCUUUAUGCAAAUAAAUAAUUUAACACGUAUUUUCUAGUUGUAUAUAUGUUAUACAUGAAUUACACCUAGGAGUAUAUUUAAUUUUAAAAAAAUAAAUAAUUUUUUACUUUGAGCAUGUUUUCAAAAAAAUUAUUCCUCUUUUUUUGAAAUCAGUAUUUUACUAAUUUACCUUCAAUAAAUAUUCUUUAAUGGUUCUCUAAUUAUAUAAAAUUUCCUUUAUUUAAUCAGUAGGUGAAUUUAAUUUUUGUAUCAAUUAAAUACAUCUUCAAUUCUUUGUGAAUUUUUAAUUGAAAUAAUAUAUUUUUUUCCCACUCGAUUCAGUAAUGAAAUUAGGGUUUGAUGAUUUCAUAUUUGCAUGGAAAAGUUUCAUUAUAUAAAAUAAAACACUUUUAUCAACAAUAAAAGACGCUUAUCAAUUUAUCAUCACGAUAUUACGUGGUAAUUGAAGUAAUUUGUGAACAAAAUGGAGGAGAAAUAUUUCAGUCUGUGUGAAUUUUCUUUUAUCCCUUAAAUUGUUAAACAAGGGUAUUAUAGUCUUUCACUACAAACAUCCCUUUUCAUGGACAAAAAUAAUCAUAAAAUAGUGGAUAAAUUUAUAGCCAUUAGCAAUUUACAAUACCAGUAUACUACUGCCGCCUCUGUUUUCCAGUAGUAGCUGUUGCUACUUUUGCAAAAAAAGGAAAUAAACAAAUACAGUUAUAUUUUCUUUAUUAUAUAUAAUACCCCCAAAGGUCGCUUCUUUCCUUUCCCAACACACAUAAUUUUUCUCUGAAGAAUCCCAUCUUUAGUUCUCCCUUGCUUUCUUCUCCAUUUUUGGCUCAAUUUCCUUUAAGGGUUAAUCUUAUGGAUUGGUUUUCUCGAGUUGAUGAUGGUUAUCUUGUUGUUCCAAGAGGCUUCGAUGGUUUUUCACCACCUUCUGAUAGCUGGUCAAAGUGGGACUCAACACCAUUUGGGAACUUUAAGUCAGGAAUGAAAAGGAACAAUAUGAGGUCAUACGUUGGAGCUGAAGACUGUGAAGUGACCGGGAAUGGCCUAUCUAGUGACGUUGACAUGAAAAAAUUUGGGAUUGACGAGGAGCCUUUUGAUAAUGCAGCUAGCCAAGCUUCAUACUGUAAUAUAGACCAAUGGUCCUCAUAUCCACCUGAGCAGCUAGAAUUUCAUCUUGAUAACUUGGCGUCAAUCGAUCAGUUAGAUGAUGUGUUCCUAAGUUCCUUACUCGCAGAUGGUCCAACUGGAAUGGAUGCAGCUGAUGAGACAUCUGAUUUAUAUACAGAUUCCCCCCGCAGCAUGCUGAUGGAUGAUGAUCAAGCAGGAAAUGAAGAUUCAAAUUCAGAGCACAUGACAAGCAACAGUUGUGCUGGUACUGCCAAAUAUUUCUCUGCACAUGCUUUUACUUCACCAGUGGAUUGGCGAAGUCGAGAAGUUAAUAAUCCUUAUUUGCUGGAAAAGGCACCACAACCAGAGAUUGCCGUGAAAUUGGAGCAUGAUAAAGGAGAUAGCAGAGUGAGUGACAAGGAAAUAUCCAUGGAGGAAUCUAUACUACAGCACCUCGAAAAUCUCACAUCUCAGUUGACAGAGCAAACCAGAAUCUGCUUCCGGGAUUCUCUAUACCGUCUUGCAGAUAAUUCAAAACAGGAUGCAUGCCAGAGUAGGAAUGCUAUGACGGAUCAAGAUUCUACAUGGUUCAGCAAAGAAGAGGCAACAGAAUCGCAGACAAAUGUAAUUGACAGAACCGUUGCCAACCUUUUGUUCAGCAACGUUGAAUUUGGUGUGUCAGAAGGCUCAUCAUUGGACUUUGCGGAAUCCAGCAACAUAAGACAGCAUUCAGACAAUAUGUUGUGGAAUAAUAUCUCAGGUUCCUCUGGUGGUGAUGCGCCUACUUUGAUGGGAUAGACAAUGCACCACAGUGAUAGGCACGCACUACUCUGUGUCCUAGUGCUUACAUAUAUUGUAGCAUGGUCGUCUUUUGUUAUUUGGCCUGACCUGAUCCAGUUAUGUCUUGGCGAAAGCUUAUAAGGCUCGAUUAGAGACUAACCAUGACUACUUUUAUGUCUGCCAGCUGAUCAUCAAUAGUUUCUUUAGUAUGAUAGCCCUCUUGGCAGAGGAACUAUCAACUCCAAGAGGUUGACGAACUGUUUGUGAAAUAACAGUUGAUUUCUGGCAGUUCUCUAGACUUCCAUGAGCCUCGGUUUUUUUGCUUUAGGCUCCAGACAGAUUAGUCGAGGAAGUAACUUGGCGUGCGUGUGUUGUGUAAGAUUUUUGUUUUUAGAAUUUUGUAAGCAAGCAGCUCAUAUCUUGCAAUUUGGGUAGCUUUCCUAAGCAGUUGUUUUUUUCUUUUGGUACAAGUAAAGUUGGUAUAGUUAUUUUCUCACUUGAGAACUUCAUAUAUGUAUAGUUAUUUUCUCACUUGUGAACUUCAUAUAUAUAUGAGUAAACAAUAUGAGACCAAA